GCCAGCCUCCUCUGCUGACCUGGCUCCUCCAGCACAAUCUGGGGAUUAAACUCAUCCGGCAGAAGAGCCUGGCCAUGGAGAGGUGGCACCUCUCCAUCCCUCUCAGCUCCAGCCGCAAGGUCACAUCACGUCUCCCCAAAGCCACGACGGGGCCGCUGAGGGCUGAAGCUCCUGCCGAGACCUUUGUGUGGCAGCAGCUCCCAGCUGUGGUGGAGGCUGCAAGAGAUGCUGCACCCCCCAGUCCAGCCCAGCCACUGCCCCCCAUCUCCUCUGCAACCUCAUCCAGCAGCUGGCAGACAGCACAGGGGGAAGGUGACUCCAGGCCUCCUCCUGGCCUGGCUGAGGAGGACGUGGCAUCCUUCUUCAUGACGCAGGUGGAGGAUGUGUCCAGACCCCCGCUGAGACCCAUGGCAGAGGGCAGGCUGGAGGAGAGGAUUGGGCACAGGGGAGAAGAAAGCUCCCAGGCGGUUCCCGAGCGAUACAAAGGCUACGAGGAGCUGCUCGGGGGAGACACGGACCCAGACUUCAUCAAGCCCAUUGGGAUACAGCAGAACGUGCGGGCGUUGUACUACAUCCUGGAGCACCCCCGGGUGUACCGGGAUGCCACCCCACGGCUGGACACCCUGCAGAAGCCCUACGUGCCUCGGAAGAAGCAUGGGAGGAUGCUCAGUGCUCCCACGCGAAAGACAAGAGCAGAGGUCCUGGAUGGAAUCCUGAUGGCCAUGAGAAACACUUCGACAAUCACUGAAGUCCCCUUGGCAUCUGUUCUGCAGAAGAGGAAAUCCAGCCCCAGGGAGUACUGGGAAGCACGGAGGCUGAUGAAGGAAUUCCAGGAGGUGUUCAAGAUCCUUCCUGAAACCCUUGGCGAGGAGAUGGGCAAGCCCUUGGAGGAGGCACAGCUGGUAGAAGACCUUCUUGCAGAGGCAACACCCAAGCAGAAGAGCCCAAAAGAGCUGCCAGGGAAAAGAGUGGCCAAGAAGGUGCCCAAAGUUUAG